GCUAGAGGCCGCUAUUGCGCGAAGCUGUUGUUUGUUCCGUCGGAAAUAUUUUCGAGGAAUUGUCUGCGAAAAAGUGUAGAAAAUACGUUAGUAAAGUUUUCGGUAGUUGAUAUUAAACGCAUCCUAUUAAUUUUGUACUAUAUUCUCUGAUAAUUUCGAAGCGCAGCAUACAAGUUCACGUGCCACAGCUGCAUAAUCAUCAAAAAGAUAAACGUAGUGUUAUUAUAAAAGUUUGCUUUUAUCAACGCCAAGAUUCCUAACUUACGGGAAUAUGUCUCACGCAUACGACGAUUCAAGAAAUGGACCUGAUGAUGAACAGUCCUUGGGGCGAGGCCCUGAUCGAGAAUAUGAUGGACCACCUGGGAUGGAACCAGAUGGUAUCAUUGAGAGUAAUUGGGAAUAUGUUGUGGAUAAUUUUGAUGAUAUGAACUUACGUGAAGAAUUGCUGCGUGGUAUUUAUGCCUAUGGUUUUGAAAAGCCAUCUGCAAUCCAACAAAGAGCUAUUAUUCCUUGUAUAAGAGGCUUAGACGUUAUUGCCCAAGCUCAGUCAGGUACUGGCAAAACAGCUACAUUUUCAAUUGCCAUUUUGCAGAAAAUUGACACAAAUCAUAGAGAAUGUCAAGCACUUAUUCUUGCACCAACAAGAGAAUUGGCUCAACAGAUUCAGAAGGUUGUCAUUGCUUUGGGUGAUUAUAUGAAUGCUCAGUGCCAUGCCUGCAUUGGAGGAACUAAUGUCCGUGAAGAUAUUCGUAAACUAGAAAUGGGUGUUCAUGUAGUAGUUGGGACUCCUGGUAGAGUUUUUGACAUGAUAAAUCGAAAAGCUCUAAGAACGGACCAUAUCAAAAUAUUUGUUUUAGAUGAAGCAGAUGAAAUGCUUUCACGAGGAUUUAAGGAUCAAAUUUAUGAUGUAUUUAGGACUUUAAAUUCAAAUAUUCAAGUUAUCUUGCUGUCUGCUACUAUGCCAAUAGAUGUCCUGGAGGUAACUAAGAAAUUUAUGAGGGAACCUGUUCGUAUUCUGGUAAAGAAAGAAGAAUUAACAUUGGAAGGUAUAAAGCAGUUCUACAUAUCAGUUGAAAGAGAGGACUGGAAACUGGACACUCUUUGUGAUUUAUAUGAAACUCUGACUAUUACUCAAGCUGUAAUAUUUUGCAACACUCGACGGAAAGUAGACUGGUUAAUGGAGAAAAUGCACAGUCGGGAUUUUACAGUCUCAGCCUUACAUGGUGACAUGGACCAAAAGGAGAGAGAUGUUAUUAUGCGAGAAUUUCGUUCUGGAUCUAGUCGAGUGCUCAUAACAACUGAUCUUCUAGCAAGAGGCAUCGAUGUGCAGCAGGUUUCUUUAGUCAUAAAUUAUGAUUUACCAACAAAUAGAGAAAAUUACAUUCACAGGAUUGGAAGAGGAGGCCGUUUCGGUCGCAAAGGUGUAGCUAUUAACUUUGUCACUGAAGACGACAAACGAACCUUGCGUGAUAUUGAGCAGUUCUACAAUACCCAAAUUGAGGAAAUGCCUAUGAAUGUUGCGGACCUCAUCUAAGGAAACAUGUCUCCUAAAGCUUUGUGCUGUAAAGACAUUUACCAAAAUGAACUAUAAGAAUUUUUCAGGUCUUUAUUUCGAAGAACUUGAAUGAUUACUUUUCAAAAUAAGAAUCAUGCCUUUACUAUGCAUGGUUUUUAAAAAGUGACUAAUAGCUGUAAAAACUGUUUUAAUUACAGCAUUUUUUUGAUAUAGUGCAUCAGAUUUGGAGGUGACUUUUAUAUACAAACAUAUAAAAACUUCCAUGUAUAGUGUAAUCUGCUGUGUUUUAUUCUGAUAUGUACUGAGUGCCUCUUUGUUGAACAAAAAUCUAUAACUAGAUUUUUAAUUCUUUGCUGUUUUUUUUUUUCUGGCCACCCCUUUUAAUAGAUUAUGCAUAUCUAAAAUAUUUAUAAUUUUGCAGUGAUUAAUAGCAUUAUUUUUCUCGUCUAAAGUUGGUAAUCAAGUUCAUGUGGAAAGUGGGCAUUGCUAAAAAGGAUUAUAAUCAGAACUUAAGAGUGCUCACUUAUUUUACUCAAACACUGCAUAGUUUUAUGGUGGACUAUUAUGAAUAUACCAUGCCUUGCAUAUACCCAUCAAGUAAACAAGCAAACUAAAAUUAAAAUUUUAUUGAAUAUUUAUAUUAUAUAAAAUUAUUUUGUUUGCUGUAAUUCCUGGUAACAUGAUUGCUAAUAUAUUAGCAACUUCUAUUGCUAAUAUAUUAGCAAUUAGAUGUUCAAUCCAGCUGCCAGCAGCACUCAUUAAGUUCAUUAUUUGGCUUCUGCACCAAAAUAGCAUUGACAAAAUUUUGCUUUUGACAUCUGGCCAUUACUAUCUGCCCAUUUUGUAUCUAAUUCUUUCCUUCUCUUUUUGGCCUUCAAAUAGUUUUCACUAUUAUGUUUAUAAAAACAUUAUUUUCUCUUUUUUGAAUUAUGUCUUGUAUCACAUAAAGCUGUAAGCUUUGUGUGCUAUAAUAUUAAGACUGCAAUUUACAAAAAUGUAUUCCCUCUCCAUCCUGGUGGAAAUAUGUGCAUUGAAGGGAAAUGCAAAUCUGUAUGAUUUUCUUUACAGUGUUGUACUGUAAAGAACUACAUACUUUACAGUAUUGUCUUUCCUUCUCUUUUUGGCUUUCAAAUAUAUUGCAUAAGAGAGAUUUUUAUGAAUGACAUUAAAUUGUACUUUUCUUUUGAAAUUUUAGGGAAAAAUGUGUUCUGAAAAGUUAUAAAUUUUGAGAAGUCAUUAUUUAUUUAGUGUGCUCAAUGCUGAAAUGCUUUUGCAUUUUUGAAGUUUUUAUAACAUAUAUGUAUCAGUGAUAAAUAAAAUUCAAGACAAUAUAGUAAAUUAUAUAUAUAAUAUUUAAAAAGACUUCAUGAAUUUUUUUUUAAAAAAUGAAACAACAUUAAAAGAAUUAAUAAUACUAGUAAAAAGUGCUACUUGCUUUGGAUUAGAAACUAAGGGCUUCUCAAAACAAAAUAUUGUAGGUUGGCGUGCUAAUGUUAGUAAGUUAGAAGUUUUUACAGACUACCUCUGUACUUUAUUAACAAGAAUCAAAAUGAAUGACUUGUUCAAAUUCUUCUUUUAUUGCUGUUUCCUACAGGGUAGCCUUAAAAGGUAUUCUAUUUUAUCUCCACUUUCACAGCAUUUGCAUUUUGUUUCUUAUUUGCAGCACCCUGUAUUGCCAACUAAUAAGAAUGGGCAGUAAAAAUGGCCAUUAUAUAAUCCAUAGUAAAAAGAAGAGUUAAUGUUAUAUUAUACAAUUAAAUGAAUUUAGAUUUCAACCUCGAUUUUUCAUGCUUAUAUUUAAAGUAUAUUUGCUUUGAAGGUUCUAAAUAGUUGUGCCGAGUUUGAUGAAAUCAUUAAGUCCAAGAUCAUGUACCUCCUUUGCUUAAGUAAAUAAUUUGGAAAAAUCCUUUUGUGGUACUUAAUAUUAAGUGACAUGAAGGAAUAUGAAAAUUUUUCAUACACUUGAAAUAUCUGGAUCGUAUAAUAUUUGAAUUCGUUUAAUUUUUCAAAAUAUAAUUUUUGUUUCACUCAUUAAUCAGUUUAAAGAUUAUUGAAUUAAUAUACUCAAAUUUUGUCAAUUUGAAUUACAUAUACAUUUGUAUAAUGAUGUGUAAUACUUAUAAUAAAUAUUGAUAGUAUCUUUUGUAUUCAGUAUAUUUUUAAUCAGUUUUUGAAUAUUUGAAAAAAUAACUUGUAUAAUAUAUUGUUUAUGAAAAAUUUUAUUUUCAACUCAAUGAAAAUGUAAGAAAGCAGAAGUGUAUUGUUAAUUUAAAUUGGAAAAAAAUGAGUCUUUUUAAUUUUUAAAUACUUGUGAAAAUUUUUUAAGCAUAUAUUUGUAAAAAGGGAAAAAUAAUGAAAGUGAGUGUAAUUCUAAGUAUCUUUUCUCCCUUCUCCAGUUUGUUAAUUAAAAACCAUGUAUUUUUUUAAAUGAGGUGAAAACGUUCUAGUAUUCAGAUUAAAAAAAAUUGUGUAUUUGAAUGUCUAAAAUAUAAAAAAGUUGAAAGCCCCGUUAAAAAUUUAAAAAUUUUAAUAAAUAACUGAUUAGAAAUUUGUAGUUAUUUUGUGAAUAAUGAUUUGUUGCUCAAAAAUUGUAUGAAGCCUAUAUAAGCUUGUUUUUGAAUUGCUUUGUUGUAGCUCAAAUCUUCUGUAACUCAUGCAAUAUGAGGAUAAAAUUUAUUAGUAUUGUCAUUUGUGCAGGAACUAUCCAAAUGCAAAUUGUAUGUUACAGGUUACAAAGUUUUUUUGGGGAGGGGGAUGGUGAUGGUUAUUUUUGUGUGUGCAUUCAUUAUGAAAUAAAUAAAAGUGUCAUGAUUGUUAUCUGCAUUGCAAGAUCAGUUUUUUUUUUUUUUUUUUUUUUUUAAGUUCGGCAUUUUCCAUGGUUUCUGAAUUAAGAAUUUUGGUAUUCAUUAGUUAAGCUUUGCUUAUUAACAGUACUUAUUACCUGUGGUGUGAUGAUGUAACAUUUAUAUUUUCUAGAAUAUUAGAAAUUAUAUAGAUAUAAUGGAUAGCAUCCUCUUACAUGUGAUGUGCUUAUUUUUUAUAUAGAUAAAUGUUAUUAAAGUAAAAUAUAUUUCAAGUUCUUUUUAUGAGUGUAUUAAUUUUUACCUAAUUUAAUUUUAAAAAAUUCACCUUAACAGUAUCCAAAUUUUCACUUAAAACUUCUAUCAGUAUAAUUCUGGAUUUAGUUGAAAUAUCUUGUUAUUAAAUCAUUUUAAUAAAAUGCAUAUUUAAAGCUUCUUAUGUGUUGUAAAUUUUUUUUUGCAAUCAUCUUAUAAGAUUUUUUGUAAAACCGCUAUCUUUUAAUUAAACAUUAAAUUGCUUAUAAAAUAUUCAAUUGUUGCAAUUUAAAAUCAUGCUUUAUUCCAGCUAAAAAAUGAAAAUUUUUUACAGAAUACAAAGUUUAUUUGUUGUCUUGAAGUAUCCCUUUCUUGUUCAUUUCUUUUGUGUGUAUUAUUUCUUGUACAUUUUCUUUGUGUGUAUUGUUGUGUAUUUGUGUUAUUGUGUAACCAUUGUUUAUUUUUUAAAUAUAAGUCUAGAUUAUGAAUGUUUAAAAUAAUAUAUUAGAGGUUAAUGGAAGCUAAAAAGUUUACAUGGCAUUUCUUUAAAAAUUCAGAAUAGCGCAAAAAUAUUUUGAAGUAUUUUUUUUUUUUUUUUUUACUUUUAUCCAACACAAUUUAAUGAUGCAUAUUCUGUAUUAAUAAUUUACUCUUAUAUUAUUAUAUAUGAUAGCACUGUAAUAUUCAAAUAUUAAUGGCAUGUCUAUAGCAUGGGUCAUUUAUUCAUAAGGUUUGAUUGUACUAUGAUAUUCAGUGUAUUAUGAUCUUUUUAGUACUAAAAUGUUAUGUUCUAAUUUCUCCUAUCAAUAUUUUAAUAUAUCUGUAAAUAUCUGAUGCUAUUUAUGUGCAGACUGUUGUGAUUCUAAUCUAUUAGUCGAAUUGGAAGCCCAUUUUUAUGUAUAAAGUGAAUAAAUAUAUUUCAAAAUAUAGUAAUAAUCUGAAAGCUAUGCAACAGUAUUUUCAGAUUUUAUAGUCUUUAAUUAGAAAAUAAUUUGAUAUGAAUUUUUUCAUUAAAUAAAUGAGCGAACAAUUGAUUUCAAUUAAAUCAAGCAUUGUGCUUUGUAUAAUACGUUUAUAAAUUCUUAUCACCACAGUAAGAAUGGGUAUUAUUCCUCAUGCAAUGCUAAUACCAUAGCAAUGCUGUUUUAGUAAGCCUUUUGUGUAGUUAUCUAAUUUGGAACAGAGCAUCUGCUGUGUGAAAUAAAGUGUAAUACAAAAUAAUAGUAUCUGCUGUGAGCUUUUUGUGUCUUCCAGAGGUUUAAAAAAAAAAAAAAAAAAAAUUAGCCAAUGCAUCAGUAUUGUUUAUUCAUAUUUAAACUGUACUGCAAGCAUGGUUGCAUGUGGAUAUUCUUAAAAAAAACUGCUUGUUUGUUCAUCAAUGCAUUGUGUUACCUAGUAUUUAAGCCACUCAUUAAGAUAUUUAAAAUGGAAGUAAUUUUAGAAGAUAGUAAGAUCAAAAAGCCCUGCUACUUUCUUUAAAUUUUUUGUUUCAAAGUAAACUGUGUUCGUUGUGCCUUGUAAAAUGCAGCUGCUAUUAUAUUUAUGUAAAACUGAAAAAUAAUUUUGUGUUUAAAGAAAAUUUCCAUUUUUUUGUAUGAUAUAAUGAUUAGAUUUUGAUACAUGCAAAAAUUACUGUGCAAUUCCGGAUAUUAUUUGCUCGUCUUUAGAAUAUAAGAAAAUUCUUCCAUUUAUUACUGAAGUUAAAAAUAGUGCUCACAUUGAAUUAUAUUGAGGUUAACAUAACAAGCAGUAAUGUCAGUACACAUUAGAUCUAAAUCUUUCCAUCUCUCUUUUAAAAAAAGAAAGGGAAUAAAUGUAGAUAAAUAUAAUGUGAUAUGAAAAUCUUAGCACUUUUUUUUUAAUUAUAAGACUAAUGAAUGUCUAAAAUUUUCAAUUUUCUUAAUUACCAGAAGUGCUUCAAUGGAAGAUAAUCUAUUUCAUAGCAAUAAUUAAAAGUGCUUAUUUUGUAGUUUACGAUGGUGGUUUAAAGGAUUUUGUAAAUUAUUGUUAAAAAAGGCUUUUCAGAUUUCUUAUUGGGAUUAGGAUUCCUCAACUAUGGUUAUGUGAACAUUAUUUGGUUGACACAAGAGAAUAUAAUUAGGAAAAAAAAAAAAAAAAACUAUUAAAUCUGUUAGAAAAAUUAAAUAUCUUUAAUUUAAGGAAAUAAUUUACGAAGUAGGUUUUAUGAACCUGAACUUUACAAAAAAGAUUUCCAUUUCAGAAAAGCUAUGGUAAAUUUGAAAGUUUUCAAUGAAAGUUGGCUAAGAAAUUAUUUAAAAUGUGUUACUGAUAUUGGGCACAAGAGGAGGGAAGCAGAAUUUAUCCAUUUUAUUAGGCAUGAGACAGCAUUUGAUUCAAAUGUUCAUUAAAUUCAUUGAGGGUGGAAAACAUUUUGGCCUGCAUUUUAGAUUGAAAGUAUGCUAUUGAAGAAUACAUAGAGAAAAAUUUGUUACCUUAUAUGCUUGAUCAGAUAUUUGCUGUAGGAGGGGGAAAUUCUACAGGUCAUAUAAGGAUAUUACUUAUUUCCCUAGCAAUGAAAACUAAUAGGAAUUUUUAUAAUGGUGCCUCUGCCCAGGGUUCCUACUACUAAGUCAGGAGACAUUUUUAUCUGUACAUAAAAAAUAUAUAUAGAGAGAGAGAGAGAGAGCUAAAUACAGUAACAGUACAGAUAAAAAUGUACAGAUCAAUUUUUCAGAUAGUAAAAAGUUCAUGUUUUAAAUAUUAAUGACAAAAGAAUUUAAACAUUUGACAUUUUUAAAAAGAAGUAAAUGACGAGUUUUAUAUUUUUUGUUUUUCUUGUAAAAAUAUUUUACCCACCUCAUAUCAGAUAUAGUUUUACGAACUGAUAGCUCUCAUUUCCACUUGUUAACUAGGCAUUGUUCAUCUUUCUGUUUAGAAUUUUAAUAUUCUUUCAUUUGCGUCAAAUAAAAUGUAAGGUAAAUUAGAUUUUUAUAAUGCUGUUAGUUAUUUCAUUCAAAUGCUAAAGUUACUCAGGUAAUCACAUUUAAUUUGAUAGCUAAUUCAUUGCAUUUGAUCAGGGAAAUUAUUUAAAGGUUUGGUCACGGAAAAUCAUAGAAAUAAUAAGUUCUGUUUUAAAUCUAAAUGGGUACAGACAUGUGAGAAAUUACAGGAAGCAAAAUCUGAAAUGUUUCUUCUUUUCACCAUCCCCAAAUACUGAUGGCUUCCAAUGCAAAUGAUAUCCUUUCUCUAAACAAAUGAAAGGAUGUCUAGAAGAGUUAUUCUUUAUCUGAAAAUCUAUGGGAUUAUUAUUAUUAUUUAUUUGUUACACUAUGUAGAUAAAGUAUAUGCAGGCCCCCUUUUCAUUUCUGUAUAAAUUGUUUCAAAGAAAAAGGUUGAGAAAAAUCUGGUUUGAAUAAUCAGCAUCCUUUUGCAAAUUUCCAAAAAGUAUACGUAAGAGUAAUUAUCUUUUUAGAAACAAAGUAAACAUUGUGAUAUAAAUAAAUCUGACUGUUUGCUCAUUUGGCAUUAAAUUGAAAUUUAAACUUACAUUUAAGAAAUUUUUAAAAAUCUUGAUAACUUUAAGUAAACUGUUACAUAUAUAUAUAUAUAUAUAUACAGGUAAAUUCUCCCAUAACACGGUAGAUAGUUUCCUAGAAAAUGCCGUGUUGUAUGAGACCCAGAGGUAGUACAAAAAGGGGGAUUAAGUUCCGAAAACUUAUUAAAAACAAAUAUUAUUUUUAAUUAUACAUAAAACAACUUAAUUUUUAUUAAAAUAUAUAUAUGUACAAACACAAAAGAAAAAUAUUACCUAUUUUAAUUUAACACAACUUUAGUUUAAUAAAUUUCUUCGUUGUCAUUGCUCAGUAUAAUCAACAGAGAACGUUUUUUUGGUGGAAUGAGACCGCUUUCAAUUUCAGAAUUUCUUUCUUCAUUUAAAUGGCAUUUUCUUCCCUCUUUCAAAAACUUGUAAUUUUACCUAGUUUACUAGUUCUUACCGGGUCAUUUUAAAUUUCUUGUUGUAGAGCUAGACAGUUUUGCAGCUCCCUUUUGAAUUUUUGGCUUAUUUCAGCAGAAGGGUCUGCACUCGAGAAAAAUAACUCGAGAUUUUCAGCUAAGCAUAGGCCUUCUUUUAAUUUUUUAAUGUUAAAUUAUUAACUUCACAAUCUUCAUCAGUGAUAGUGUCCUCAGAAUCGAUUUGAUUUACAGCUUCGGAUGUCAUUUCUAUCAAAUCGUCGUCAAUUUCUUCUUCCGCUAAUAAAUCUUGAACGUCCUCAAUAGCCAUGUUCACAAAACCUUCACCUCUGAUUGAUUUAGCAAGUUCUAAUAUGCCACCAAUUUCAUUUUCUGACGAUUCACGCACAUUUCUAUUCCAACUGAAGAGGGCCAUAUCUUCUAACAUGCAUUUAAUGUUGAUAUUUUCGUUUCUUUCAGUGACAAAAAUACGAUGUCGAUUCAGUUCUUGAUUGAAAAUGUCUUCCAAGGUUCCAUUACAUCAAUAGAUUUUGAAUCGGUUACAUCUAAAAUCUACUGUAAGCUCUUCUUAUGUAAUAUGUUUUUAAAGGUUUAAAUAAUACCUUGAUCUAAUGGUUGGAGAAACGAAGUAAUGUUAGAUGGUAGGAACAGCAUUUUGACAUUGAAAGGAUUCAAAACUUGUGGGUGACAUGGAGCAUUAUCUAAUAGUAACAAGCGUCUUGAAGCUCAAAUUUUUCUGCCUUAAAUAACGUUUAGCAUCUGGCACAAAACAAUUUUAAAACCAAUCUUUAAAUAUGUUCCCAGCUACCCAAGCUCUUGGAUUUGCUUUCCAAUAUGCUGGUAAGGUGUUUUUAUUUACACCUUUUACACACACAUUUUAUUUUAUUUACCAUGAGGAUUUAAAGAUCUAUAAACUAACAAUGAUUUUGUUAUAAAGUCUAAAGUCAUACUGCACAAAAAUAGCAUUAGACAAUUUUUAGACACCUUAAAUCAGGAUGCAGUUUUUUUCUUUUUUCGAUAUAAAUGUUCUGGGCAUCUUUGUUCCACCAAAGCCCAGUUUUGUUGGCAUUGAAAACUUGAACUGCUGUCUUCUAUAAUAUUUUGAAAUUUUUCAGGAAACGUCCUAGCAGCUUCAUAACCAGCCGAUGGAGAUUUUCCUUGAAUUCUUAUGCUAUGAAUUGCAAAAUGCUUUUUGAAAUUUUUGAACCAACCUUUACUUACCAGAAAAUCUGGGUUGGCAGAGGGUCUCCAUGUUAUUUGAGGUGCUUGAAAUAUUUUUGUUUAAUGAUAUUACCAUCUAAAGAAUUUCUUUUUGACAGCUAUCAUCAAUCCAAAUGCUGAGUGCCUUUUUCAUCUUCUCGAUUAUUGAUGCCCCUGGGGGCGAACUGCACGUUUUGUGGAUGUCUAAGAUCCUAUAGCAACUGCACUUCUUAUUUCUUUUUCAUUUUUCUUAAUAGUCCGGACUGUUUCUUCAUUCCACUUAAAACUUUUUCCAAUUUAAGAUGCCUUUUCUCCUUUUAAAAAACGGUCAAAUUUUGUAUCCGUAUUUCUAAAAAAAAGAAUUUCCUCUUAAUUUUUUUUUUUUUUUUUUUACCUUUAUCGGACAUGUUUGAGAACUGAAAUUUAAAAUUUAAUGUCUUAAAGACGAAAAAGUUAUUCUUUAACACACCGUGGCUCGACGCAGACUGCCGACCAGCAGAGUGAGAUACUUUUGUUUUCAGGCCAUGGAGACGAGGAUUCAAAUUUUGGAUGCCAAACUUUCAGGUUGUGCAUUUUAGAGCACUUAUUAUGACCUUAUGGUUUUCACCUUCUGCGAAAGUGAGGUUUCUUCAUUUAUGUGGGGGCAUUUGUUCAUACAGGUCAUCUGAAGACAUUUGUUCUAACGGCUACCGGAUCUUGGAAGACAACUGGCAGAACUUACGAAACAAGGAUUCUUAUGUAUUAAAUGACUAUGUGAAUGCACAAUAUGGAAAAACUUUGAGCGGAGUUAAAAUUCUUCCAAUUGCUUGGGCAAUUUUCUUAUCAUGUUGGGCAAAUUUUGAAUCGUGUUAUAGCGAAACCGUGUUACAGGAUGUCGUGUUGUAGGAGGACUACCUGUAUAUAAAUUUAGUUAAGUAUAACAGUGAAAGAAUUUUGAAAGUGUAAGUCUAAAUUAGAAUAAGAAAUAAUGCUUAAAAAUUCUUUGAACAGAAAAAUUAGAUUUAUAACUAUUUAUUUGCAAUAAAUAUUAGUAAUGUGUAUCAUUAUCUGCUGUAUAUUUUAUAUAUAUUUGAUUACAUUCAGUUUUAGCAAAAGUUCAAAUUUUCAUGUAUGCAUUUCUAAUAAAUUGAAAGUUUUUAUUAUUUUUAAAUUAAAGAGUUUGGAUGUGUAAUAUAAAUCCGGAUUUAAUUUAUGUUCUUGAAAUAAAAUGUGAGGUUUGUAAGGGGGUGGUCAACAACUGUAAAUGGAGGUUUUUUUAGUUUAUAAGACAAUAGUACAAAUGCUUUGUAUGUGUAAUUAGAUAACAGUGGAAAGCAGCACAUCUGCAUUGUAAAGUGCAGAUGUGCUGCCUUUUCCACUGUUAUCUAAUUAAAAAUAUACAUGCUCUGGAUUAUUUUAUAAAAUACUGAUUGAAAAGUAGUGUAGAACGUGUAGUUAUGCAUUUGAAAUUUGAUUUGUACUUUGUAUUUUGUUUUGAUUAAAACUUUUUCCUUUAUCAUGUAUAUAUGAUUUAAACUUUUUAAUUCUGUCCAAAUAUUCCUCAUAAACAUGAUGAAUAUUUUUAUUUUUGUUACAAUUGUACUUUCUUCCUGAAUUUUCUUUAUAAUGUGUUUCCUAAAUUCUGCAUUAUGCCAUGCCUUCCUAAGUAAAUAGUUCUCAGUGCUUUGCCAUAAUAAAUUUCUUCUUAUCCUUG